AUGCAAGCCCCAGAAGACAAUAUCAUAUACCAAUUAACAAACAUCGGAGCAUCACAACAACCAUCUCAACAGAGAUCUCCCCUUAAAACUCCCAAGGCAAGUUCUGCUGGCAGUACACCUUCAAGGGACGGUUCAAUAACUCCAUCACCAUCAUCGAGAGGCAAAAAAUGGGCUGAUAGAUUUGCAAAAUUUCAAAGGCACAGUGACAAAAAGAGGACAGCCCAUUCACCUUCAACUAAUAGAGGAGUAUCAAUUUCACCUGUGGUUUCUCAAACAUUAUCGCCACUGGGCAAUUCUCAUGGACUCCGUACUUCAUCACUACCAAGACCUCCGGAUACUUUUGAAUUUGGUCUAAACUUAACGCCACCACCGAAGAUGGGUCCAUUCAGUCACCGCAGAUCCAAUACUUCGAAUAAGAAGUCUUUUCUUAACGAGUAUUGCACUGUAUGCGAUGAGCCCAUAUUGAACAGAGGUAGUGGUGAACGUAUCAUCGAACUCGAAUGCGGUCACAUAAGUCAUCAGGAAUGUCUUCUGGUCUCAUUCGAAAAUUCUGGCGGCUACAGUCCUAACGAUUUCUUUUCCAUAUUCCCACCUUGUACCAAAUGCCAUAACGAUAAAAAUAUAGAAAACCGUUGUAUACCAAAGAACGCAGAGUUGAAGGACAGGUUGAUAUCGAUUUUUUUAAUCAAUGGAAGUGCGAGAAGGCAUUCGGAACCAAGUACUUCACCUACACAGCAGUUACAACCCCCUCUAGUACUCAAUAAUUUUCCCACUUUACAGCAAACACCACAUAUUUCUUCCCCAAGAGGGCAAAUGUCAUCGCAGGCGAUACCUUCAGCUCAAAAUCAUGCCUUAAGGACUCCAGAUUCAAUACUGGGGGGGAUGCGGCUGGCUAGCGUCCCACCAAAGGCAAGGAAAAAAUCGGCACCAGAAAUUAGGCGUGAAUGGCCAGUACCACAAUUCCAACCCUCAAUUAGAGUUUCACUGGUACUACAGCCUGAUACGAAGAACUACUCUGUUUCUACCUCUGAUAAAUUACAACUUUAUGUAUUGAGAGCUCAUUACAUCGAGAUCUUGAUGAAGAAUUUCCCCACUUUGUCAGACUGGCAGAUAGAUGAAGAAUUUGGGUUACUACGGCUAGUGGACCAUCUGAUGAUGUCAAGAGAUGGCGUUGAUUAUAACGAUUGUUGGUGUAUGCUUUUCGAAAAAGCUCUCGUCGUAGCUCCUUUGGCGGAUGGAGUUAAAACUAAGCAAGAUGGAUCUUUGAAUGUCAAAUUGAAAGAAUUUCAUGUUUACAAAUCAGUGGCCAAUGUCAGAGUAGAUACUGUAGAAUCGUCGGUUUUAAAGUGGACUUUCCCCAAAACAGAAUUUUCAUCAUGGCAGGAGGUCUACGUUACAGAGACGCUCAAUACUGAUGCUAGUCAAGUGAUCCAAAAGUGGAUAUCUGCGUUACUCGAUCACGAACAAGAAUUUAAUGACAAGUAUUUCACUUCAACUUUACCUUUACCGCCCAUAAUGAGAAACGAUACACAAUCGUCCCAUCUUUCCACUUCUUUAAUGGGUCUAAUAACCCCAACAAAAAUGGUAGAGUUGGCUAGCAACGAGCGGAGUAGCGUUAUCAUUAGAAGAGGAUUUAAAUUAUCGGAGGAGCAGGGAGCAACCCUGAGCGCUACAGGUUCCAUACAAAGCGCCAUGACAAAUAUAAGUUCAAUUUUAUCCUUAAAACGAGAAAGACCAGAUGAGUUAGUGGUUGUUUUACAACUGGAUUUUGAAAAGAUUAGAACUAAGAAUAACUCAUUGGUAAUUUUCAAUAGUCUAAAGGCAUUAGUACUAAAAUUCCCCGAUAUGAAGAUAUGCAUCGUGGACUCUGGAGGAUUCGUGAGAACCCUUGGCAGGACCAAAGACGUGAUCUCCACUGUUGAAGACUUAGAGGAUGCUCAAAAAUUAUCAGAAGGCAAUAGAUUUGAACCCAUUUGGUUGAAAAAUUCAUUGUAUCCAGAUACUACUUUGAAAGGUUUAGGAAUUGCAAUUGUCUCGAAUACUCCCAUGGAUACCCAAAAAUCAUGUUUACUAAAGGAUUACAGUUGUUUUACCAAUGAGGGCAGGCGAAGACCAAGAGAAUUGAAGAUUAAGGUCGGUUACUUGAAUUUGGAUUACAGUGACAAAGUAGGUGAGUUGGUGGAGUUGGAAUCGUGGAACAAUUUCUUAGAAGCAUUGAGUUACAGUUUUGGUCUGGCAUUUGGUGAUGAUGAUGAUGACGAUGUUUCUAGUAUUGAGGAAGAUUUAACUGAUAGCGAAAAUGAACAUCCUUUAGAUGACACUCGCUCUAUGUCUUCCAAUGAAUCUACUACAACAAUUUUAAUAGCAUCUCCAUUUGAUGCGAGUGAGAGUAACGCUAGAAGCAUUCUUGGUGAUAACGAAGAUAGCCAUUUUGCCACAGGCUCUUAUUCAAGUUCGUUGAAGCCCUCAGUAAAUUCAUACCCUCAAGAACGUUAUAGGGAAAAGGCACCCAAUAAAAACAUUCAAGAUGGAUGCGAUUUCUUGCUGGAAGACAUUGAACGUGCAAUUCGUGAAAUUGAUCAAGUUUCUUCACCAAGUCACACGGAAUCUAGCAGCCAUCCUUCAGUGUUAUACCAAUACCUUUGA